AUGAAGGCGAAUCCGGUCUCAAGUGUUGGACUGCUCCUUCAAUUGUCAAAAACCUCAGCUUCCAGGUUCUACGCGCCCUUUGGGGGAUUUGACUCUAAGCAUGAUUAUAAAGAUAAUUUAGAUUCUGUCCCUGAAGCUUCAUACUGUUGGCAGCAACACGGUGGCAUAGGUUUUCCUUGGGGCCUGGAUAUCAGACAGCUUUUGGGCCCUAGCAACAAGGACUCGGACAUGCUCGCCAGGAUGCCAACAGAAGCGAAGGGGAGUCAUAAUAGAGUCGUUCUAGAGUCGAUCUCCUAA